UCCGGAACCGAGGCUGCCGUUGACGGCAGAACUACAUCAUUGUCUAGCAUACUUGACAACCACGCGGUUUGCUGGUGAUAGCGCGUAGGCAUAUAACGCGAGUUUUGCAGCAGUAUGGGAUGACAGGCCAUCAUGUGUACGGGUGGGAAUCCGGUACGCUCGUAUCUAGGAGUCUCGGUGGUACGGUGCGGGGUGCAGCCAUGGCGUCAAGAGCACAAGGGUGCUAUGAUAUAAUUUGCUUUGCCCCCCAGUGGAAGAUGCAGUGCAUGCAAAAGCGACAUAACAAGUAUACCCGAGUCGAUUACAGGUAUAUGCAUGCAGGGCGCUGCGGAGUGCAGUGCGGUGGAGCUUCAACACGUUGCAGGCGGUCAGCAAGGCGGAAGAGGGCCCCUGACGCCAAAAGUGUUAGCGCAUCCAGACAGUUCACUGGGGAAAGCACCUGGGAGAUUACUCGAACCGCGCAAGGACCCAGCCAGACGUUCACGGAUCAGCUGCGCCGCGUGUACUCUUUUCUUCCGACUGCUGAUGACAUAGAAACAUUACUACCAACUCGCUUCCACCUGCUCGUGGCCAAGAAUACCCAUCAAUCCCAUCGUGACGAGUGACGGCAGCAGGUUUACUGUCAACACCAUGGCGCUGUAAACACCCACAAGCUGAGCAACCACAACCUUCCCUCACGCGACCUCGCCGGAACAAGACGCCCCAGAUUUCCCUUC